CAUCCGUUAAGUUUCAUCUCAUGUAUAUAAAAAAUUGCAUUCAAAAAUACAUGCUCUUAUUCAUACUCCCUGUCGUUUCGGAAUAUUUCAAAUUACAAAGCAUGGCUGUUCCUGAUUUCUUCGUUGGCGAAAACCAGGCUAAAGAGCUCACACUCGUUGAGGAACAAUUUGCCGAUGUUUUUAUGCUAGAAUUUGCAGGACUGAGUAGAGAUGACUUCAUCACCGUUCUAACAAAACAUGGUGUAAUUUGGGAGCUUGAUGAAGCCAUGGGUCGUUUGUAUUACACAGAUUUUAAACAUGGAGGAUUAAACCAAAGGUUUAAAGUGGUAAAAAGACCAUUCGGAUUACAUAAGAUUAUGAAUGGGCUAAACAGUUGCAUCACGUUGGAUUUUAAAUCAGAAGGUUUUCAUAAAAUAACGUGCGAUGACCACGAUCUAAAACAAUACUUUCGACUGGUUCAAAUGCCAAACAGAGGAUUGUAA